ACGGACUUCCUGCUUCGCCGCUGAAAUUUUUCUCCGGGUCAUGAGGAGAGAAGUUUCCACAGAGGAAACCGAGGACCCGCUUCAUUUCAUGGACCAAACUUUAACACAACCGACGGACACAUUUCGGACUCUAUGAUUCGACCAACAACCAUAUUUAUUCGUCCGCCGCCAUAUCCUGAAACAUGGAGGACCCAAACAGACCUCAGCGCAAGAUGUCAACAGCAGGAGACAGCCUAUAUAAGAUCCUGGGGCUGGAGAAAGGAGCAUCUCCAGACGAAAUAAAGAGGGCGUACAGGAAACUGGCGUUGAGGCAUCACCCUGAUAAGAACCCAGACAACCCAGAGGCUGCUGAGAAAUUCAAGGAGAUCAACAACGCCAACUCUAUUCUCAGUGACGAAAACAAACGGAAUAUCUACGAUGAGUAUGGAUCCAUGGGACUCUACGUGGCCGAGCAGUUCGGCGAUGAGAGCGUCAAAUACUAUUUCCUUAUGUCCAAGUGCUGGUUCAAGGCCCUCGUGGUGUGCUGCAGUAUAUUCACCUGCUGCUGCUGUUUCUGCUGCUGCUGUUUCUGCUGUGGGAAGUGCAAAGCACCAGAGGACGAGGAACACUACCCCUACAUGGACCCUGAGGACUUGGAGGCAGAGAUCAGAGAGCAGGAUGCAGGUGAGAACGCACCGAUCGUGGUCCAGCCUCAUGCCGCCAAUGGCACCUCAUAAACCAAGUGAGUGGAGACCUGAUAAAACCACGUCACCAUCAGCAGCUGCACUGAUCAUUUUCAGAGAUGAUGAGAAUAAACAUUGAGGUUAAAUGUGGCAGAAAACCAUCAUCUGUGAGGCGGUUUUGUUUAAAUGCAUCAAGCAGCGACCUGAUUCUGCCAUAUUUUUUGGUGCCAGUGGUUUUGUCUUUGAUCUAAUUGCCAUAUUUAUUUUUUAACCUUUUUUAAUAUUGGGUAGUAUCUGGACUGCAGUGAGAAAUGACAAAGCCAUGCAGAUCAAAGCUCUGGAGUGAGUUUUUUUUUUUCAUGUGCACUUUAAUAUCUCAAAAUCAUGUUUAAAAUCCUGAAGCUGCCACGGUGGUCUGAGAGUAUUCUGGCUCAAGAUGGCUGCUGGGUUAGAAAUGUUUUUAAUGUUUUUUUUUUAAAUACAUUAUACGCUGUUUCCGGACUUUUAGAAAACAACCACUCUGAGACUUUUGCGGUGUUCAGUCAUGCUGCACAUAUAGUAGAGACAAUCUAAAGGGCUUAUUGAAAAGAUGUACAGAAUAUUGUGACUAAAUCAAACGAUGUAUUUAAAAUGGUCUGAAUGUCGACUUGUGUGCACUGUUGUGUAUUUGGCUGGCAGCCUGUAAAUAGCACAGUUAGAAUUAAUAAUGUAAUGCUGAUGAGGCAUUACAGGAAUAAUUCAACACUAUUGGGAGAAAUGCUUACUUCACUUUCCAUCUGGAAGUUAGAUGAGAUUUCGACAUUUGUCACUUCACGUCAUUUCAACUCAAGAGAGUCGUAUGGCUGCAGAGUCUUUUAAAGGAAUACUUCACCAGCAAAGUGAUCAUUUGUAUAUCAGCUACUCACCUCGUGUCAGCUUGAAUUUGUGAGGAAUACUCUUUUAGGUGAACGAAGAAUCCAAAAAAUGGCAUUAGAAAUCCCCACGGUCUGAUUUUCAUUACCGUCAAAAAUACAGGCGCUCAUCUUUUUAUUGAACUCAUGUGGAGGUGCUGUCUGCAACACCAGGGAUCAGCAUGCCCGGGUCCCCGCCCCUGCCUGCCGCCAGUUAGAGGUGUUCCACACACGUCCCACUGGUAGGAGGUCCUGGGCUAGACCCAGAACACGCUGGAGGGAUUACAUAUCUCAUCUGGCCUGGGAACACCUUGGGGUCCCCCAGGAGGAGCUGGAA